GAAGCGGCGCGUACCUUCCGCUGCAGGAGGAGCAGGUGGCUGCUGUAAGGGCCCGGGCCCCAGGCUUCCUGUGUGCGCGCCCGCCCGCCCGCUACGGUUUCCCGCCAGAGCUGGCUGGGCCCCCUGGGCCCGCCUUGACCGGCCCCAUGGCCCAGACCCCCGACGGUAUAUCCUGUGAGCUGCGAGGUGAAAUCACCAGGUUCCUGUGGCCCAAGGAGGCAGAGCUGCUGCUGAAAGCCUGGCUACCCAGCCAGGGUGCUGAGCGAAGCCAUGUCCUGGUGCUGCUGCGGUGGAGGGCCUACCUGCUGCACACCUGCCUCCCGCUGAGGGUGGACUGUACAUUCAGCUACCUGGAGGUCCAGGCCAUGGCAUUACAGGAGACACCCCCGCAGAUCAUCUUUGAGCUGGAGUCUCUGCCCGAGCUGGUCCUGGAGCUGCCUGGGGUGGCUGCCCUGGAAGAGCUGGCACAGCAUGUGGCCACGGCCAUCAAGAAGGUGUUCCCUCGCUCUACCCUGGGGAAGCUGUUCCGGAAGCCCACUCCCCCCUCCAUGCUGGCACGGCUGGAGAGGAACAGCCCUGUGGAGCCCGCUGCCCAGGGCAGCCCCUGUGGAGGCUUCUUGGAGACUUACGAAGCUCUGUGUGACUACAAUGGUUUCCCCUUCCGAGAAGAGAUUCAGUGGGAUGUGGACACCAUCUACCACCAGCAGGGCUGCCGCCAUUUCCGCCUGGGAGACUUUACCCACCUUGGCAGUCGGGACCUGGCCUUAAGUGUGGCUGCCCUGUCCUACAACCUGUGGUUCCAGUGCCUGUCCUGUGUGGACAUGAAGCUGAGCCUUGAGGUCUCAGAGCAGAUUCUGCACAUGAUGAGUCAGUCGUCCCAUCUGGAGGAGCUGGUGCUGGAGAGCUGUGGCCUGAAAGGAGACUUUGUCCGACGGCUGGCCCAGGCACUGGCAGGACACGGGAAGUCUGGGCUUCGCAAGCUCAGCCUGGCAGGGAACCUGUUGGAUGAUAGAGGCAUAGCUGCGCUCAGCAGACACUUGGAGCACCGGCAGGGAGCCCUGCGGAGACUCAGCCUAGCACAGACGGGGAUGACUCCGAAAGGAAUGAGAACUCUGGGCCGGGCGCUGGCCGCAAACACCGCCUUCGACUCUGCUCUGACCCACCUCGACCUGUCUGGGAACCCUGGGGCGCUGGGAGCGUCCGAGGACAGUGGGGGCCUCUACGCUUUCUUGAGCCGCCCCAAUGUUCUGGUCUUCCUCAAUCUCGCAGGGACUGACUUGGCCUUGGACACUCUCUUCGCUGCGCUGGCCCAUGGCUGCUGCUCCCACCUAUCUCACCUGGACGCCUCCAGGAACGUCUUCUCCCGCGCGAAGGCCCGGGCCGCUCCGGCCGCGCUGCAGCUCUUCCUCAGCCGCGCGGGGACGCUGCAGGACCUGCGCCUGGCCGGCUGCAAGCUGCCGCCAGAAGCGCUCAGGGCGCUUUGGGAUGGCCUUGCGCUCAACACUCACAUCCGCGACUUGCACCUGGACUUGAGCGCUUGCGAGCUGCGCUCCGCAGGAGCCCAGGUGAUACAAGACUUGGUGUGCGACGCAGGCGCCGUGAGCUCCUUGGAUCUGGCAGAUAACGGUUUCGGCUCAGACAUGGUGACGCUGGUGCUAGCCAUCGGGAGAAGUCGUUCCCUGAGACACGUGGCGCUCGGAAGGAACUUCAACGUCCGCUGCAAGGAGACCCUGGAUGAUGUCCUGCACCGGAUUGUCCAGCUCGUGCAGGACGACGACUGUCCUCUGCAGUCCCUGUCCGUGGCUGAGUCGCGCCUGAAGCUGGGCGCCAGCGUCCUGCUCCGGGCCCUGGGCACCAACCCUAACCUGACGGCGCUGGAUAUCAGUGGCAACGCCAUGGGAGACGCGGGGGCCAAGAUGCUGGCCAAGGCGCUGCGGGUCAACACCAGACUCCGGUCGGUGGUCUGGGACCGCAACCACACGUCUGCUCUGGGCCUGCUGGACGUGGCGCAGGCCCUGGAGCAGAACCACAGCCUGAAGGACAUGCCUCUGCCGCUGAGCGACGUGGCCCAGGCGCAGCGCAGCCGCCCGGAAUUGACGGCCCGUGCGGUCCACCAGAUACAAGCCUGCCUUCUGAGGAACAACCGCGCGGACCCCGGCUCUUCCGACCGCGCGUCCCGUCGUCAGCCACUGACUCUGGUCUCCCUGCCCUCGGAGCAGGAGGUGAAUGAGCUGUGCCAGUCAGUACAGGAGCAUGUGGAGCUGCUGGGCUGCGGGGCUGGGCCCCAGGCAGAGGCUGCUGUGCGCCAGGCAGAGGAUGCUGUGCAAAAUGCCAACUUCUCUCUGAGUAUCCUGCCCAUUCUCUACGAGGCUGGGAGCUCCCCCAGCCAUCCUUGGCAGCUCCGGCAGAAGCUGCAGGGCCUGCUGGGACAGGUGGGAGAGGUCUGCCGCCAGGACGUCCAGGACUUCACACAGGCCACGCUGGACACAACGAGGAGCCUCUGCCUGCAGAUGCUGCAGGCACCUGGCUGGAAGGAGCAGCUCGAGAGCAUCCUGGUAGGGUCCCGGGGCCUCCCGGAGCUGCUCCCGGAGCAGCUGCUGCAGGACGCCUUCACCAGGCUCAGGGACAUGCGGCUGUCUGUCACAAGGACCUUGGCAGAGAGCAUUGUGGCUCAGGCUGUGGCGGGUCUGAGUGCUGCCCGGGAUCGGCUGAUGGAGAGUCUGGCUCAGAAUGGCCCAGUGGUCAUGGCCCCUGCCCUGCCAGCACUGGAUGGAGAUGUGCCCAGCCCCCUUGGGCCCAGGGAGUUGAAUGAUCUUUUCUUCCCUGAUAAUGAUGAAGAGAUCCUGGCUGAGUUUCACACACCCUCUUCCCCCAAGGAUGCCAGUACCCUACGGAAAUGGCCGGAUCCCAGCCACUGCCUUCACCUGCUUCCCACCACUCCGGGUGCUGCUGAGGAAGCGAAGCCAGAGCCCGAGCUGGCGGCUCCGGGGGAAGAUGCAGAGCCACAGGCGGGGUCGUCCGCGCGCGGCUCUCCGAGCCCCGCGGCCCCCGGGCCCUCAGCUGGUCCACUGCCUCGCAUGGACCUGCCGCCCUCCGGGCAACCCCUGCGCCAUCCGACCCGGGCCCGGCCGCGGCCUCGCCGGCAGCACCACCACCGUCCGCCACCGGGGGGCCCCCAGGUGCCCCCAGCCCUGCCGCAGGAAGGGAAUGGGCUCAGCGCCCGCGUGGAUGAAGGUGUGGAGGAGUUCUUCUCCAAGAGGCUGAUCCAGCAGGAGCGCCUCUGGGCCCCUGGGGAGGACCUGGCCGCAGAGGGGGGUGCUACUCCUGUUCCUCGAACACUGAGAAAGAAGCUGGGCACCCUUUUUGCCUUCAAGAAGCCUCGCUCAACGAGGGGUCCACGGCCUGAUCCAGAGACCAGCCCUGGGGCAGCCCCUCGCCCCCGAAAGACCACACUUGGGGACUUGCUCCGGCCACCAGCCCGUCCUGGCCGUGGGGAGGAGCCCGCUGGGGCUGAGGGGGGUACCAGUAGCCCUGACCCUGCCCGCAGAAGCAGGCCCCGAUACACAAGGGAUAGCAAGGCCUACUCCAUGAUCCUACUGCCUGCUGAGGAGGAAGAGGAGGAGGCUGCGCUGAGUGCCAGGCCCGACAAGAGGCGGCCCCUGGAGCGGGGGGAAACAGAGCUGGCCCCUUCCUUUGAACAGCGUGUGCAAGUGAUGUUGCAGAGGAUUGGUGUGAGCCGUGGCAGCGGGGGAGCAGAAGGCAAGAGGAAGCAGAGCAAAGACGGCGAGAUCAAGAAGGCUGGCUCAGAUGGUGACAUAAUGGACAGCUCCACAGAAGCCCCCCCCAUCUCCAUCAAGUCCCGUACCCACUCAGUGUCUGCAGACCCCUCCUGCAGACCCAGCCCAGGGGGCCAGGGGCCUGAGGCCGCCUCCUGGAAGACACUGGGGCAGCAGCUGAACGCAGAGCUCAGGGGCCGCGGCUGGGGCCAACAGGAUGGCCCAGGGCCCCCAUCCCCCUGCCCCAGCCUAAGCCCCCGCAGAACCAGCCCCUCUCCUGACAGCCUAGGCCUCCCAGAGGACCCCUGCCUGGGCACCAGGAGUGAAGAUGGCCAGCUGAGACCGCGGCCUCUGUCGCCAGGGCGGCGAGCAGUGUCUGUGCAUGAGGACCAGCUCCAGGCCCCUGCUGACCGGCCCCUGCGGCUGCAGCGCUCUCCUGUCCUCAAGCGCAGGCCGAAGCUGGAGGCACCCCCAUCCCCAAGCCUAGGACCCAGUCUCGGAACGGAGCCUCGGCCCCCACCAUCCCCGGAGCCUUCCCCUAGCCCUGAGCCAAGUCCCCCCUCCCCAGCCACAGACCAAAGAGGCGGCGGCCCCACCCUCUGACCCCUUCUCUCUUGCCGCAUGAGAUUAUUUUAUUAAAAAACUCAAUGGAA